AUGGAGGGCGAGGAGGACGGGGCGGGGCGGGUCCGGGAGCUGCAGGAGCAGAGGAUGUCCGUCCAGAAGAAGACCUUCACCAAGUGGAUGAACAGCGUCUUCUCCAAGAACGGGGAGCCCGUGGAGCUGACGGACGUCUACACGGAGCUGAAGGCCGGAGAACAUCUGAUCCGUCUGCUGGAGCUGAUCUCCAGAGAGAAGCUGCCUGCGCCCAGCCGGAGAACCCUGAGGGUCCACUGCCUGGAGAACAACGGCAUCGCCAUCAACUUCCUCAAGACCAAGAUUCGGGUGGAUCUGAUUGGUCCAGAGAAUGUGGUGGACGGGGACCGGACGCUGAUCCUGGGUCUGCUGUGGAUCAUCAUCCUCAGGUUCCAGAUCGGACCCAUCAACCUGGAAGAGCCGGGAGGUGGCAGUGUCGCUCACCGCUCGGCGAAGGAGGCUCUGCUGAUCUGGUGCCAGAGGAAAACUUCUGGCUACGAUGGAGUCGAUGUGAAGGACUUCUCGUCCAGCUGGAGGGACGGACUGGCCUUCAACGCCCUCAUCCAUGCCCACCGGCCGGACCUGUUCGACUAUCGCCGUCUGCGAGGGGGCGACCCCGGCCCGAACCUGGAGCACGCCUUCUCUCUGGCCGAGCGGCAGUUUGGGAUCAUGCAGCUGCUGGAGGUGGAGGACAUGGUGGUCCCUCAUCCAGACGAGAAGUCCAUCAUGACCUACGUGUCCCUGUACUACCACUACUUCUCCAAGAUGAAGCAGGGACAGACCAUCCAGAAGAGACUCGCUAAGAUUGUCGGGAUGUUGAUGGAGCUGGAUGACAUGAAGGUGCGCUACGAGAGGAUGGUCUCACAUCUGCUGCACUGGAUCCAAACCAAGGUGGUCCAGCUGAAUGACCGACGGUUCCCUAACUCUCUGAAGGAGAUGCAGGUGCUGGUGGCGGCUUUCAAGACCUACAGGACCGUGGAGAAACCUCCCAAGUACCAGGAACGUGGGGCCAUGGAGGCUCAUCUCUUCAGUCUGAAGACACAGCUGGCCGCCAACAACCAGCGGUCCUAUAAUCCUCCAGAGGGUAAAACACUGCGUGACAUCGAGAAGAGCUGGGUUCUGUUGGAGAGAGCUGAACACGAGCGAGAAGGUGCCCUGCAGGGGGCGCUGCUCCGUCUGGAGAACCUGGAGCAGCUCGCCCAGAAGUUUGGGAGGAAGGCGGCUCUGAGAGAGGGCUACCUGGAGGACACGGUGCGGCUCAUCCGGAGGCAGGAGGUCCGAGCUCUCUCCACCCUGGAGGAGGUGCAGGCCGCCGGCCGGCGUCUGGAGGCCCUCGCCACCGACGCUCUGGCCAGAGAGCCACGCUUCACCGCCCUGAGAGACAUGGCCAAGACCAUCGAGAGAGGAAACUACCACAGCAAGGAGCAGAUCAUCAGGCGGGAGGAGAGCAUUCGUACCCGAUGGACGGACCUGUUGCAGCAGCUGCAGGAGCACAGGGGGCUGCUGGGUAAUGUAGUUGAAACCCUCAGCUGCCUCCGAGACAUCGAACUGGUCUCCCAGGAGUUGAAAGAACUCCAGUCCCAGGCCAGUUCCUCGGACCUGGGGAAGCAGCUGACGGAGGUGGAGUCUCUCCUCCAGAGGCAGGAUCUCCUAGAAGCUCAGAUCUCGGCUCAUGGUGAAACCAUCGCUGCCAUCAGCAGCAGAGCUCUGGGGAAGGUGAGCGACGGUCAGCAGAUUCAAGGCAGAGUGAGAGCUCUCGACUCUCAGUACAAAUCUCUGGUGUCGCUCAGCAGCAACAGGAGGAAACAGCUGGAGGCUCAGCUGAGGUUGUUUGAGUUCUUCCAUGACUGCGAGGAGCUGGAGGCCUGGCUGUGGGAGCGCUGGUUGAGACUUCAGACGGCCGGACUGGGACGGGACCUCAGCCACAUCCAGCUGGCUCAACACAAUCACAAGGUGCUGGAGGCGGAGCUCCAGGCCCAGGAGUCUCUGUACCAGGGAGUUCUGGGUCGAGGUCAGGAUCAGAUGUCCAAACAGAGCCGGGUCGACCAGCGAGCCGUGCAGAAGUGGAUCAGGACUCUGAAGAGGAGGUGGAGCCUCCUGAGCGAGGAGGUGACGGGACGCCGCGACAGGCUGCAGGCCGCCGCCUCCAUCAAACAGUACUUUGCCGACGUGGAGGAGGCCUCCUCGUGGCUGGGAGACAGGAAACCGCUGCUGACCAGCGGAGACCAAGGGAAGGACGAGUCGAGCACGGCGGCUCUGCUGCAGCGCCACCUGCGGCUGGAGAAGGAGAUGGCGGCCUACGCCUCCGAGAUGAAGAGGCUGUCAGAGCAGGCGAUGAGCGCGGCUCAGCUGACAGCUCUGACUGCGGAGCCUCAGCAGAGUAAGAUGAUGGAAUACAGUGAAUCAUCUGAAGAGGAGGAGGAGCCAGGAGCCGCUGCCUCAUCACCGAGCCUGAAGGGGGGGAGGAGCCACGCCCUGCAGAGUGAGGAGAGCAAGGCCAAGGUCUGCUUCAGAUACAGCAGAGGCCAGUUUCCAUGGGAUCGUAAUGAGGUUGUAAUGGUGGUCAGCACUGAGCCGGAUGGAGACCGAGUUCUCGCCAGAGACACCAGAGGAAACCAGCAGCUCAUCCCCAGGACCUACCUCAGCCUGCUGUCAGCCACAGCUCCACCCCCCACGCCCGUCGGCACCAAUGGCGUCGCAGUGAGCCCGGGCAGGAAGACGAGUCGCCCCAGAAGAAACCGCUCCACGCGUCGCACCACGACGGAGAUCCAGACCUCAUGGCUUCCAGACCCACAGUACCAGAGAGACUCUGUGGACAGCACACAGACUCGACUGGACCAGGACUACAAGUCCCUCUACAGCCUGCUCCAGGCGAAGACGAGGAGUCUGGAGGAGACGCUGCGUCUGCAUCGAUUCUACAACAGCUGCCAGGAGUUUGAGUCGUGGAUGGAGGACAAGGAGAACAUCCUGAACACCUUCAGCACCGACUCAGACAACCUGGGGGUCGUGCAGGCCAAAUAUGAGAACUUCCUGACUGAGUUGAUGAGUGGGCGUGGCCAGUUGGAUGACAUCAUCAGAAUGGCCGAGGAGCUGGUGAAGAGUGGACACAGUAAACAGAGAGAGAUCCAGACCAGGCAGAGGAGCGUUUCCAACAGGUGGGAUCGGAUCCAACAGCUGAAGGAUGAGAAGGGACACGAGCUGCUGAGCACGGCAGAUGUCCAGUCCUUCCUGCAGAGCUGUGAAGAGGCUAAAGCUCUGCUGCAGGAUCAGCUGACCCGGCUGGACGUGGUGGACGUGGGCUGCAGCUCCUUCACGCUGUCGGCCGAGGAGAAGAACCAGGCUCAGGCGCUCAGAGACAUCCAGACCCUGGAGGCCAAGAUCUCCUACCUGAAGAGCGUCGCAAAGAUGAAGCAGGACUGCAGUCCAGCAGAGAGCGCAGCCAUCAUGGAGGAGGUUCGGCGUCUGGAGGCUCUGCUCAAACAGGUGAAGCAUCAGGCUGCAGACCGACAGCGCCACCUAGAGGAGGCCCGCCGGCUGCAGGGCUUCCAGCAGCAGGCCAAGGAGCUGCAGCGCUGGGCCGGCUCCGUGCAGGAGCGCCUCCUGCAGGAGGAGGCAGCUGCUGACGUGGCCUCGGCCGUUGCUCUGCUGGAACAAAACUGGGAGCUGCAGCUGGAGAUGGAGGAGCAGAGGAGCAGGCUGAUGGAGACGGAGAAGUUGGGGAGAUCUCUUCUUCAGAGCUCUUCAAUGAGGAAGACGAGUAGUGUUGACAUCCAGCAAACCCUGGACAGUCUCGCUGCUGAUUGGUCCAAACUGGACAGGUUGUGGACCAGUAGGAACGAGCUCUUGAAGCAGGGGGUGGAGUUCCAGAGGCUGAACCAGGAGGGAGACCGGAUUGAGGCGGCGUUGUCCGGACAUGAAGCCCGGCUCAGGGUCAAAGACGUCGGGGACUCGGUGGACAGUGUCCACAGCCUGCUGGGCCGACAGGAGGAGAUGGAAGGUCUCCUGAAGGCUUUGGACCAACGCAUCGAUCACUUCAGUGAGCGCAGCCUGGAGCUCAUCAACCGAGGACACUACGCUGCUGAACACAUCAAGGAGAGGAGCAGGAGCAUCCAACGGGCCAAUAGGAGGCUGAAGGACGGCAGCAGGCAGAGGAGGAGUCUGCUGCUUGCCUCCAACAAGUACCAGAAGUUCCAGAGGGACGCUGACGAGCUGCUGCUCUGGAUGGAGGAGAAGUUCAAGGUGGCCGAGGACGAGUCGUACCGAGACCCCACCAACGUCCUCCGGAAGCUGAAGAGACACGAGGCCGCUGAGAAGGAGAUGCAAGUUAAUCAGGUCUGGCUGGACAAACUGGUUCAGCUGGGAGAGGAGAUGCUUGCUGAAGAGCACUACAACAGUCAGAGCAUCAGCAGAAAGAUGACUCAGCAUAGCAGCCUCUGGAGGAGACUGCAGGACAAGAUGGAGGACAGAGGGGACAAACUGAGACAGGCAGGACAGCAGGAGCAGCUGAUGGAGCUGCUUCAGGAUGCCAAACUGAAGAUAGAAGCCAUCCAGUGGAUGCUGCACAACGCUGCCACAGGUCACGACCUGCGCUCCAGUCGACAGCUGCUGAAGGAGCAUCAGCAGCUGGAGCAGGAGGCCAAGGAGCUGGCAGACAAGAUCAACUCCAUCGUCAGUCGAGCCAAACAUCUCGCCACCAAACACUUUGACUCCCACAGGAUCCUCCAGGAGACCGACACCUACCUCACUCUGUUCAAAUCUCUCCAGAAGCCUCUGGACCGGCGCCGAGCGCAGCUGGAGGCCUCGGUGCUUCUGUUCGGCUUCUAUCACGAUGUGGAUCUGGAGCUCAGCUGGAUCUCUGAACACCUUCCUGCCUCCGGCUCCACAGGAUACGACAGGUCCCUGGCUGGAGCCGUCAGCCUCAUGCAGAAACACAAGGAGCUACAGGCUGAAGUGAAGGCUCAUCAGAAGCACCUGAACCAGGUCCUGGAGAAAGGCCGGGGUCUGGCCAAAACCAGCAGAUCACCCGGAGAGGAGGUGCUCCAGAGGUGCUGCCACCUGAGUGCUGAGUGGGAGGAGCUAGAGGAGGCCUGCAGCCGACGAGCAGCUCACCUGAGCAGAGCUGUCUCCAGAGAACAGCUGCUGUUUGACUGCUCCGAGCUGGAGUCCAGGCUCACGGAGACAAUCAACCUGGUGAACACCGAGGACUACGGCAAAGACCAUCUGGCCACCGGGAGCCUCCUCACCAAACAUCAGGUGUUGGAGGGCCAGCUGGAGGUGCUGGAGGUGGAGGUGGAGGAGCUGGGGGACCAGGUGGAGCAGGCAGUUCAGAGCUGGAGUCUGGAGGAGCUCCGCAGACCCUACAGCCACCUGAGCAGCCUGAACCAGCAGCUGCAGCACCAGGCGGCUCUCAGGGGUCAGAGGUUAAAGGAAGUCCUCCAGCUCCAUGAGUUCAGACAAGAAACUUCAGAUCUGGAUGAAUGGAUGAACCAGCAGAGACAGACGGCUGAGUCUCAGGACCUGGGCAAAGACUAUCAGCAUGUUCAGUUGCUUCGUGGGAAGUUUGACGGCUUCCUGAAGCAGCUGGAGGUCGGGGGGGAGCGACUGCAGAGCUGCAGCGACGCAGCCGCUCGGCUCAUCCAGAGCAAACAUCCACAGAGCGCUGACCUCAGAGCAGCUCUGCAGCAGCUCGGUGCAUGCUGGGAGGAUCUGAAGGCUGCGGCCAGAGGGCGUCAGGAUCAGCUGCAGAGAGCUGAGGGAUGUCACCACUUCUACCAGGACCUGACCGACGCCCUGAUGCUCAUCCAGGAACGACAGAAAAGCAUCCCUGACGAUGUGGCAAAGGAUUUCCAAGGAGUGAUGUCACAGCUGAGGAAACACGAGGCCCUGCUGCACGAGUUGGCCGCCACAGAGCAACAGUUGCAGGAGCAGCUGGAUGCUGUGGACACCGUCCUGGACCUGUGCACGCCUCAGUUGAAGCUCCGCCUACAGAAGGUGCAGCAGGAAGUGGUUGAGCGGUGGGAGGAGUUAAGACUCAACGCCGAGCAGAGGGAGGAGGAGCUGAAAGUAGCGUGUCAGCGAUACCUGUUCCUCAACACGGCGCAGGACUACCUCCUGUGGUGCAGCCAGCUGAUUGGUGCGAUGGCCGCCGAGGAGAGCAUCAGCGAUGUGGCCACUGCCGACCUGCAGCUCGCUCAGCACCAGCAGCUGUGGAACGAGAGGGAGGCCAGACAGGAGACCUACCAGCAGACCCUGGACAUGGGAGAAGAGCUGCUGACACAGGACCACAGCAACAGGAAGGAGGUGUUGGAGAAGCUCGAUGCUGUGCAGGCAGAGCGAGGUAAACUGGAGGAUCAGUGGAACAAGAAAAAGAUCUGGUUGGAAAGUGUUUACCUGGAGCAGGUGUUCUACAGAGACCUGGACAGCAUGGACAAGACGUCCAGCUCUCAGGAGAUCCUGUUGAAGAACAGCACUCUGGGAAACACGGUGGAUGAGACGGAGGGUUUGAUGAAGCGUCAUGAAGCCUUUGAGAAGCUGCUGGGGUCUCAGGAGGACAAGCUGUUCUCGCUGAAGGAGCUGGCUGAGCAGCUGAAGAAGCAGCUGAGCAGAGAGAAGAGUGGGCGGGUCCAAACCAAACUCCGAGCCCUCCUCCAGAGACGGGAUAGGAUCAAGGAGCUGUCCAUCAAACGCCGGGAGGAGCUGGAGCUCUCCAGGAUGCUGUGUAUCUACAGCCGAGAUGCUGCAGAGGCCGAGGAGUGGGUGUCUGAGCGGAUGCAGAAGAUGGCGGAGGACGGUAAAGCCGACAUGACCAAUCUGAAGACCAAGAUGAAGCUCCUCCAGAAGCACCAGGUGUUUGAGGCUGAGAUCCUGGCUCACAGCAAGAUCAUCAGCUCCGUGCUGCUGGCCGGGGAGGAGCUGGUCUCCCUUCAUCGCUCAAGGGCCAAGGAGGUGAAGAGGAGCACAGCCGCCCUGCAGCUCCACUGGGAGGACCUGAAGACGGCCAUGGCCGACAGAGGGAAAGCUCUGGAAGAUAAGAGAGACUUCCUCGAGUUCCUGCAGAAGGUCGAGGAGGUGGAGGCCUGGAUCAGACAGAAGGAGGUGAUGGUUAAUGUGGGAGAUGUUGGGAAGGAUUACGAACACGGGCUUCAACUGCUGAAGAGACUGGGAGAGUUCAGAGGAGCCAGAGAGGGGGAAUCAACGGUGGACGACGCCCACAUCACAGCCAUCGACCGCCUGGCCGCCCGACUGGAGAAGAGACAGAGCGCCGAGGAGCUGCUGACCGUCAGGCAGCGCAGACAGCAGCUCAACGACCGGUGGAGCAAGUUUCACGGCGAUCUCAGCACUUACAAGAGGAAGCUGGAGGGGGCGCUGGUGAUCCACGCCCUCAUCAGAGAACUGGAGGAGGUCAGGGACCGAGCCAAUGAGAAGAUGCUGCUGCUGCACGGUCAGGACUGUGGUCUGGAUGUGGAGAGCGUCGAGAACCUGAUCCAACGUCAUGAGAAAACCGAGAGAGAGGCAGGGGUCAUCCAGGAGAGGUCAAAGGCUCUGGAGAAGGAGACGUCCCAUCACCUGAGGGCUCCGUCAGUGAUGAGCGACCAUCUGAGGAGCAAACAGAAGGAGGUGCAGAAGGCUCUGAAGACUCUGGACAAAGAAGUCAAACACUGGAAGGACAAGCUGCAGGAAGCUCACCAGCUGCAGCUGUUCAAAGCCAACCAGCGCCUCCUGCUGGAGUGGAGCAUCAAGCAGAGCAAGGAGAUGGCAGAGAAAGGUCUCCCCAAGACCAGAGCCGAGGCCGAUCGGCUCAUCGUGGAGCACCAAGACUGGAAGACAGAGAUCAACGCCCGUGCCGACCGCAUCGCCUCUGUACGGGACUUCGGUCUGGGUCUGAUCCGGUCUGGCCACGGAUCACAAGCUGAGCUCCAGAAGAACCUGAACCAGCUGGAGGAAGCCAGAGCUGGACUGGACGCAGCCUGGCUGAGGCGUAGCACGACGCUGGAGCAGGCUCGGACCCUGAAGGUCUUCCUGUCCUCUGUGGAACAGUGUGAGAGUUGGCUCAGCAGUAAGGAAACCUUCUUGUCCAAUCAGAACCUCGGGGGCUCGGUGGUGGAGGUGGAGACGCUGCAGAGGAACCACACUCAGUUUGAGGAGGCUCUGGAGGCUCAGGUGGACCAGUUGGACCAGGUGGACAAACUGGCCCAGAACAUGAUCCAAGAGAAGCACUACGACUCCGACAACAUCAGAGCCAAGAGCAAAGCACUGGCUGUCAGGCGGAGUCAGUUGCAGCAGCAGAGCAGAUCUCGUCACAAAGCUCUGGAUGGAUCACUGCAGCUGCAGCUGUUCUUAUCCAGCAGCUACCAGGUGUGUGUGUGGCUGAGCGAGCGUAACGCUGUGGCCUCAGAUGAGAACUGGAGGGAACCAACCAACCUUCAGGCCAAACUGCUGAAGCAUCAGAGCUUCGAGGCCGAGAUCCUCGGGAACCGCUACAGAGUGGAGACACUCAGCAAGGAAGGAGAGAAGCUGCUGACUGACUCCAGGUCAGCUGAGGUGAAGGUUGGGCCUCGACUCAGAGAGCUGACGGACGGCUGGGACGCCCUGAUCCACAACUGCAAGGAGAAGAAGACCAGACUGCAGGAGGCCUACCAGGCACUGCAGUUCCAGCGCUCCCUGGAGGACGUGGAGCAGAGCGUGGGCUCCGUGGAGAAGGACGUGUCCCAUGAGGACUGUGGCAGCGACCUGCCGUCGGUCAGCCGGCUGCUGAAGGUCCUGCAGGGGCUGGAGGAGGAGGUGGACGGACUCAGAGACAGAAUCCAGGGCCUGGUGGAGACGGCGAAGACCUUCUCCUCUCAGGGGAACUUCCUGGCUGAGGAGAUCCAGACCAGAGUGACUCACACCAUCAACAGGUAUAAUGGUCUGUCGGAGCCCCUGCAGCGGCGCAGGGAAACCCUGGAGGCCUGGCAGGUUCUGUUCCAGUUCUCCAGAGACCAGGAGGAGGAGGUGGCCUGGCUGAACCUCAAGCUGCCCUCGGUCACCACCAGGGAGUGGGGGGGCUCCCCGAGCAGCACCCAGCAGCUGCUCCACAAGCACCAGGCUGUGAUGCAGGAAAUCUCCAGCCGCGCCCCAUUGGUCAAGGCAGUUCAGGAGGCGGGACAUAGUUUGGUCAGAGGUCGUCACUUUGCGUCUCACGAUAUCCGGGAGCGACUGGAGGAGCUGAGGAGUCUCCACGAGGAGCUGCUGAGGGAGGUGGAGAAAAAGGAGAAACUCCUGCAGGAGGCGCUCAGCAUCCAGAACUUCCUCUGCGAGGUGUCGGAGCUGGAGCUGUGGUUGGAGGAGCAGCGGGUGGGUUUGGAGUCAGGGGAGUGUGGGAGGAGCAAGGAGGCGACGGAGGCUCUGCUGAGGAGGCUGGACUCUGUGGACGUGGAGCUGGAGAACCAGAGGAGGACGGUGGAGAAGCUGCAGGAGACUGGAGCGUCCCUCCAGCACCUGGGACAUCCCAACAGCCACCUGGUCACUGACUCCCUCCCGCUGGUUCUCGAGCACUUUGAAACGAUCCUGCGACUUUCCACCGCUCGCCGUGUCGCUCUGGAGGAUCAGCUCCGACUCUAUGUGUUUGAGCGGGAGGCCAAAGAACUGGAAACAUGGCUGACCUCCAAGAAGAAUGGUGCCGAGUCGGAGGACUGUGGUCAGGAUCUGGAAGAUGUCGAGGUUCUUCAGAAGAAGCUGGAGGUCCUGGUCUCGGAGGUGUCUGGUCUGGGUCGGAGCAGGCUGACCUCAGUGCAGCAGCUUGGCCGGGGGCUGCCGCAGGACGGGCCGGCCCGCAGGAGAGACGACGCUCUGAGCGAACUGUGGGACGCCCUCAGCAGCAGCAUCAGGACCCGGGAGCAGAGUCUGCAGUCAGCGAGGGAGGUCCAUCAGUUUAAUCACGAUGUGGACGAGCUGAAGGGCUGGAUGGCUGAAAAGGAGCUGGUGCUGGACACAGAGGACCAGGACCAGGACCUGCAGUCCAUCCAGACUCUGCUCCGACAGCACCAGGCUCUGGAGAGAGACCUGGAGCUGAUCUCAGAGGAGCUGAGCAGGAGCAGGGAGGAGGGCCGAGCUCUGAGCAGACGACAGCCUCCUUCCAAACCCUGUGUCACCAAGAGGCUUCAGGAGCUGGAGGUCUGCUGGACCCGCGUCCAGGACAAGGCCUCCCAGCGCAGCUCCAGGCUGGGCCAGGCCGAAGACGUGCACAGAUACUUCUCUCUCUGGACUGAGCUCAUGGCGUGGCUGAGGGAGAUGCUGUCUCUGGUGAGAGGGGAGGUGCAGGGAGGCGACUUGGAGCAGCUCCUUCAAAAGCACAACGAGUACCGGGUCCAGAUCGACCGGCAGCUCAGCAGGUCCCAGGCUGUGAAGGACGAAGGGAGGAGACUGAUCGAGGACGGAAGCUUCAUGUCCCAGCAGGUGGAGGAGCGUGUCUACGAGCUGGAGGAGCUGGAGAAGGAGGUGCAGCAGGUGUGGGAGGAAACCAAGCUGCUGUACGAGGAGGAGCUGGAGAUCUCUCUCCUGCAGAAGGAGCUGGAGCAGGCCGACCGCUGGCUGAGCUCCUAUGAAGACACCCUGACGGCCGAGGACUACGGGGACUCAGUGUCUGAUGUCAUGGAGCUCCUGAAGAGGCAGGAGGACCUGGAGGCCAUGAUCCUGGCCCAGAGCGACCGCUUCCUCACACUACAGAAGAAGAAAACACAACGGGAGAAGAGACUGGGUCUUCAUGGAAAGGAGGACAAGGACCUUCAGGACAGGAGACCUCCUGCCAGAGUCUCCUCACUGAGGAGGAGGCCAUCAGAUCCAAAGACCCAGCAGCUCUUAUCCUCCAGAGACAUCUUUCCCAGAGUCAGCAGCGGUAGAGGGACAGACAGAAGACCCACACCUUCCACCCUGGACAGGAAAACAGAUAGUCCCUCUGCCAGUCCCCCCCCGAGCCCGUCCCUGCACCCUGAACCAGUCGGUAGGAGACGAGUCAUCACAGACGUGAAGGUCCAAGAGGAGUCCACCGACGGUCCUCCUGCUGGUCCGAGCUCCAGCCCGACUGUAAAGACCUGGAGACGUCGAGCAAGAGACUCGAACCCAGACACCCCCUCCUCUCUAACACCUCCUCCAUCACCUCCAACCACCUCCCCCACACCCCCCAUACCCCCUCAAACCUCCAUCUCCUCCUCAUCCAGAAGACCUCUGGAGGAAGAUCACCGUCCCACAUCCAAACCUCCUCUGGCUCCAAAGCCUAGAAUCACCUCCACUGAGCGGAGGCUUGGACGUAGCUCUGAGCCCCUCAACCAAUGGGAGAAGCCCACUACACCACCUGACUCACCUCUACCAAUCAGAGCGCAGGUUGCUCCCACUGAACCGUCGCCUCAAACUGACACAGGAAGUCAAACCCCCCCCGAAGCACCGACGCCUUCGCCGAGAACACGACUCACCCGCCUGGAGUCAGCAGCUUCUCCCGACUCGCUAGCUCCACCUACUGACAGACAGAGGACACCACCUGAAACCACGACUGCUGAACCAAUCACAGAGGAGCUCACUCCUCCAGCGAGGGAGCGACCUCCUUCUCCUCCACAGCAUCAGGAUCAGUCAGAAGGUUUCCCAGAGGACCGUCCCACAGCCGAGGUGACGGCGGAGCAGCCAAUCAGAAUGGAGGGGCUGCUGGAGAUCAAGCUGAAACAAGCAGGAAACAAGGGGGUGGAGCACUGGGAGGAGGUGUGUGCUGCUCUGGAGGGAGAAACGCUCUCUCUGUUUAAAGAUGGAGCAGCUGCUGCACAGAGGACCUCUAGGUGGCCUCCUAUCAACAUGGUGGGAGCCGUUUGCAAGGAGAACCCGUUCUACCGGAGGAAGGAGAACACCUUCAAAGUGAUACUGGAGGAUGGGACUCAGUACCUGUUUGCAGCGUCCAGCCGAGAGCUUCAGCUGCUGUGGGUGAGGAAGCUCCAGAACCGUCCUGAGUGUUCCAACAGCGACUCCGACGACUCAGGGAGGGCGUCGUCCGUCAACCUGAGUCUGGAGAAGUUGAGCGAGACCCCGGAGGACUCGUCCAGCCCAGUGGACCGGAGCGGGGACCGCCUGGAGAGACAGUCGUCCACAGAGGGCCCCGCUCCUCCCAAACCCCCCCACACCUACUACGACAAGCACCGCUACCCCACGGGGGGGGAGGUCAGCGCCACAGGUUUACAGAGUCGUAACAACCAGCCUCCUUCAGCACCUCCUCCUGCUCCCCCCGACCACCAGGACUCCUCCUCUUUGUCCCCCCAGGUGAUGGAGGACAACUUGACCAAAGACAAGUCGAGGAGGAGCGUCUUCAGGAAGCUCUUCACCAAGAAAUAGUUUUUACUGUCGCAAAGUGCUUUUAUUCAACAGCCUCACAAAGUGCUUUCAAAACCCUGAAGAGUGAUAACGAACCCAAUAUGUGAAUAUUAAUACACUAUAAUAAUAUUCAUAUAUUAUCUAAUAUAAAAUCCAUUUAAAAAACAAGUCUAAUUUUAACUGUAUUACUGAAAACUCUUCUAGAUGUUUCACCAAAAUCAAAUCUGAACGUCUCAAACAUCCUGAAGGAACCUGAGUGAAGAAUGUGAUUCUACUUUAAUCCUGAAGAAUUAAUUUGAGGGAGAAACGAGGUCAGACGUUAAUAAACCAGUGAGAUGAUGAUUCUUCUGCUCGUAGAUUAAAUCAUUCACAGAAAACCAAACUGAUUCUCAACAUGUCGGAGCAGAAAAGGAUUUUUAAGAAGUGAUUUUUUAGAAGAUGAACUUUGAUGAUUCAGUGUUUUUUUUUAUGAAUUCCAUUUACUUAUUAAUGAGCAAUAAAUCCAAACAUCUUCAGACUCAUCUUCUCUCCAUUCAUCCAUCAAUAAGUGAAUCAUUAAGAUAAUGAGUCGGAUUAAGACUUUGACAGAAAUGAAAGUCAAUUGAAGUGUUUGAGACUCAUUCACACAAACCGGCUCCACUUUCUGAUUCAUAAACAUCUUAAAUAUCUAACUUCAUUAGUCUGGGUCUGUUUCUACAGGACAAAGUUAUUUAUAUUUACUUCUACUUCGUUGAUUACUUUGAGAAUUAUGUUUACAAU